AAGAAAGUGAAUUCCCCAUCAUAAUGUCUACACGAAAGUGUGGGUGGCUACUUCUCUCCGCCAGCGUUCAUUGAUCAGAAACUAACGUGGGAGGCAUUUUCUAAAUCUGUUUCCCUGCCAAAAGAGGGAGGCAAACAUCACGUCGGGACUCUGGACCCUGUAGUCGAAGUAUAUAGCCUCAGUUGUUAACAGAUCCUUUCAGUUUUACUAUUAGUCUUCUGGAUAUUCUGGUACCAAUGGCAACUCUUUUCUUCGCGGUGUUGUAUUUCCUAUCAUUUCAAGGUCUCCGCAGCGCGUUCGGGGACCAGCACACAAAGCUGACCGCAACGCAGGGAGAAAUGCUCGUUGUAAAGUGCGGCUGCCUCACACGCGGCCUCCCGGGGGGCACCAACAUCACCUGGACCCAUCACCACCCCUCAGAGAGCCAGCGGCCCCUGUUGCAGAGUCGUGAAGACCCGGACGAGGACACCCUGGGGGACCCCAGCGGGCACUUGGUGGUGCUGAGUGCGUCCGUGGAGAGGCAGGGCAACUACUCCUGCUCCCCGUGGAAUUCCAACACCACCUGCUGGUACACUUUGACUGUGAGCCCGACCAGACAGGAGGAGGUCCGUGUUACAAAAAACUGCUUUAAUGGGUUAUCCUGCCAACUGAAACAUUUCUGCCUGAGGGAUUUGGUUAUCCCAUCACUUGAACUCAACACAACAGUGUGGCAAAAGGACAACGAUGCCCAGGGGGACUCCUCUAACGGCUAUUUCGAAAAAGUGGCGGAGAAAGAUGAGGGCGUCUACACCUGCCGCCAGUCAUAUCAGUAUCGCGGACGAUUGUAUAAUCAUACCAGCACCGUGAUGCUCAAGGUCAAAAAGACAGGGUCGUCAAUCCCCCGCAUCUGGUCCCCCAAACCAGGGACGGUGUACCCGGUACAGUUAGGUUCCCAGCUGGUGGUGCCCUGUGAGGUGGAGGUUUACAACAUGUUUGAUAGUUCGUACUGGUUAGACGGGAAAUCGUUUGUGACGGACGACCAGAAUCAGUCAGUUUACUCUAACAAGACAGUAAAGGUGGGCGAGAAGGGAGAACAAAAGAUCACUACGUCUCUGGUCUUCCAGAAGGUUACAGCGGACCAACUUUCAAGGACUUACACCUGUAAGCUGGAGUCCACAAAAAAGUACUCCAACGUCUCCAUCACUCUGGCUCUGAAAGAUGUGCCGGUCUCCAGUCUCAGGGUGGCCCUCCUGGCUGUGCUCUUCGCCAUGCUAGCAGUGGUCUCCUCCGGCCUGGUCUUCUACUGGUGUAGAGUCCCCUUCACCCUCUUACUGAGGGACAAGCUCGACUGCCAAAGCAACGCCUCAGAUGGGAAGCUCUACGACGCGUACCUGAUGACCUAUCCGAGCCAAACGGAGACUGCCCUCAGCGAGGAGGACCGGAGGUGGAUGGAGAACGUUCUGGAAGAACAGCUGGGGUACCGCCUGUGUCUCCAGGAUCGGGAUGUGUCUCCAGGGGAAGCCGUGGCGGAUGCAGUGAUGCGGUGCAUCCUGCAGAGCCGUCGGGUGGUGCUACUGCCCAGCGCUGAGGACCAGCCCGCCCUGUGCUACGGCCUGCCCAGCGCCAUCCACUCUGCCCUGGUGGACAAGAAGAGCCGCCUGCUGCUCAUCCGGACCAAGACCCCCCGGAAGCUCUCGGUGGAGCAGCCAGAGGAGGGGGGCUCCAGAGCCUUACCCGAGUCCCUGAGACUGUUGACUAAGGCUGGGAGCUCCGUCACCUGGGGGGGACCCUGCUCUCGGCCUCUCUCCUCGUCCUUCUGGAAGAACCUACGAUACCACCUGCCCGCCCCGCGCAAGCUGAAGGCCAUGCAUAGCACUUUUGACUCAGUGUGCUAACCCUGGUUAGCAUGGUUUGCAGACUCAGUGUUCUAACGCCAGUAAGCAUCUGGCUAACCCUGUUAGGUAUAGUAUAGAACUGUAGCCUCAGUGUGCUAACUCUGGUUAGCAUAGUAUGCAGACUCAUGCCGUUUUCCAAUACCCGUACUAUCCGUACUUACUAGCCAAAUUUUGAGUACGUAGCACGUUCCAAUUCAGAUCCGGCGAAAAUAAGUAUACUUCAAGGACCCGGAUGUCGCACUCAAAACGGGCUAAUCGUGAAGUGUGGAUCGAAGGACACUUUCCGUACUCAACGGCAGCCAUCUUAGCUACGUAGUGGAAGAGGCGGAGCCAGGCUGAGCCAAAGUCGGCCCAUUUUCCACAUAGCCUGCAUUAAUAGUGUCAUUUUGUAGUUUUUAUAGUUUUUAUAGCUUUUUAUAGCUGCUAGUUCACCGUUCAAAGUGGGAUGUUUAUUGCGGGGGAGGAGCCGCAGCAGCAGACGUGGUCGUAAUUUCCGGUUAGUGCACCACAGAGUACUCGGUUUGGAACAGCACUCACAUCUGAAAAAUUAACGUACUCGUACUCACGGAUAGUAUACUUCCUUUAAGUAUACUCAUGGAAGUACGGGUAUUGGAACACGGUAACAGUGUUCUUACGCCAGUAAGCAUAGGCUAAAGCUUUUAAGUAUAGAACUGUGGCCUCAAUGUGCCAACCCUGGUUACCAUGUGCUAACCCUGGAUAGCAGUGUAUGCAGAAUCAGUGUUCUAACGCCAGUAAGCAUAGGCUAACCCUGUUGAGUAUAGAACUGUAGCCCCAUUGGGCUAACCCUAGUUAGCACAGCAUUCUAGACUUAGGGCCCUAUUUUAACGGUCUGAAAUGCAAGUGGGAAGCGCAAAGCGCAAGUAGCUUUGUGGGCGGUUCUACGGCGCUAUCGCUAUUUUACAGGCGGAUAAAUUACACUUGCGUCGCGGCGCAAGUGUCAAAAGGGUUGGUCUGAAGCAGCCUAGUUACCCGUAGGUGUGGUUUGGGCGUAACAUCCAACAAACCAAUGAGAGUGCCAGCUCCCAUCCCCUUUAAGAGCCAUGAGCGCAUUUGAAUCGGACAAGUUGAUAUUUUGACAGCGCGUCUGCAGUCUCCGAUGAGACAGAUGCACAUGAAUUUCAAACUGCAAAUGGCUCAGUUUAUUGCCAAAUAAUAUGGCCUAAUUCACACAUGGAAUAAGGGGUUUUCUUCCACAACUCAAAUAAAUUUCGGCAAAGAAAACGUAUAUGAUAUAACAUAUGAUAUGCGGUAACUGUGGUUCUAUUUAAUGAUAUACGCAAUAUAUUAUAAACAUUGUUUCUUAUCAGUAUUGUAUGCUAUCCUAAUAUGCAUGUGUCCCCGCGGUAAUAGACAUUGCCAUUGAUUGUAUUAUGCGUUACGUGUUUAGUUUGCGUGUGUUUAAACAGAGCACACACGCGCGCCCGCAUUCAUUCAUUCUUUUUAAAACUCACUCGCGGUAAAACAAUGUUUUUCUCGAUCAAAUACUCAUCAAUCCUAAAAGUUAUGGGCAUGUAGGCCUACACGAUGUCUCUGUCAAGAAAAUAUGUGUUUGCUGUACGGUGUUUGCAGAUGCAUUGAUUUAAAAGUACAACUUAUUACCGCUGCAUCAGCUGUUCUUUCCCAAAUAAUUUACCAAGAAUGUGUGGCUAGGUAGAUGGGAGAAGCAAAGUGUAUGCGCGAGGUGCACAAGCAAUCCGUAUGCAUCGCAUGCGCAUGUAUGCAUGCGCCCUUAAAAUAGCAUCUGAACAACGCGCCACUGACUUUAAACCAGGUAUUUCCUGGUCAGUAGCGCAAUGGUAUUCAGAAACGGCAAAAUACCGUUUGCGCCAGAACACGCCUCCUCCUUCCGCCGAACCGCCCCUUGGGGCGCAUGAUCAAUCCCUAAUUUACCGGCGAGUGGCGGUGGUGGGAAAAGAACGCUCUGCGCCAGUUGUUAACUAGCAACGACACAUGCGCCAGUGACUAAGUCACUUGCGCCGGAUGCAAGAUAGGGCCCUUGAAGUUAGCAUACUUUGCUUAUUGGGGGGGGGGGGGGAAAGAGGCAGUGAGAAAGGAUAGGUUAGAGAGGCGACAGCACACAAACACAGCUGUAAAGACAUACAACAAGGCAGCAACAGGACCCUACAGGGUUAACAUGCUGUUACUCAGACAUAUAACAAGCAUGAGCUUAGAACAGGAUUACAUAAACAAGGCAGAAUAGCAAGAAUAAACUCAUAUCAAAAUAACAAUUGUGAAAACGUAAAAACAUAAACAUAAAAACAGGUGUUAUGACAAAUUGUGUGUGUACGUUAUAUGUGUAAGUUAUUCGUUGUGUAUCAUAGUCAUCAUAUAUAUCCUCUGGUUUGAUUUGAAUUGGCCCUUGCUUGAGACCUGGAAUAAAUGACUUGAGCCACA